GAAUCAGCUAUGGCAAAUCGAAGAGAUGUAGUAUCAGAAGCCAACAAAUCACAUGCAACAGCUAAAGAGAUUUCAAGAUUAGAAAGAAAAAAAGCACAAGCUAUUGCAUUAGGACAAAGAACUGAAGCUACUGCAGCAGGUGAAGAUCUUGAAAGAAAACGAAAUUGGCAAUAUAGUAUUGAAGAUAAUGAAAGAUGGGAUAAGAAAUUAAAACAAAAGAAAAGUAGAGGAAAUCAUGAGUUUACUGAUUACGAUGAUCUUGCUAGACGAAAGUAUAAGAAAGAUGUCGAUAGUCUUAAACCUGAUCUUGUGAAUUACAACAAACAAAGAGCAGUAGCAGAUGCAUCUGAAAACUUGUAUCGUGAUAUGAAUAGUUUGGUAUACGCUGAUCAUCGUCCAACAGAGGAAGCUAUAGAUAGGGUCGUUGGGAAACUCAAUCUUGAUAUUGAUAAACGGAGCAAAAGAUCUCGUGUUAGGAAAGAAGAGGAUGGGGAAAUCACUUAUAUCAACGACAAGAACAAAGCUUUCAACCAAAAGAUUGGAAGGUUUUACAACAAAUAUACCGAAGAGAUCCGAGAGAACAUCGAACGUGGUACAGCUCUAUGA